GCGUGGGGUUAUGUGAAUGGGAAUUUCUUACAAUUGUACUGCUAGUGAGUCUCACGUGAUCGUUGGCCACGGCUGGGCACCUGCUUAUUCGGUACGUGGCAAUUUGCGACUGAUGACCUUCUUCACCCACAUUUUCUUCAUCCUAAAUUCCUAAGCACAAGACACGCAACUUUGACAAAAUACUCACUAUUUAGGGCAUUCAUUCUUUGUUUACCCACUCCUCCAACUGAAGUUAAACCCACGUUUUGGGUUUUGUGGAUUCAAUACUCAUCUUUACGAAAGCUGGUUUUACCACGCAUUAAAGCUCGGGCUUCUUCGAUAUGUUUCAGACCAGAGGACAAUCGGGUCACGACCUGCCUCUGCCGUUCCGGGUUAUCUUCCCAAAGGAUAAGAACUGUGAUCGCUUUACGGCGUUGAUAAAGGUUUUUUCCUUUUUUCUUUUCCUGGCUUCCAUAUCCUUGGUUCUCUACUCGGCGUUUGUUAGACAAGACUUGUGGUUUCGGUGCCCUGAAUGCCCUGACUCGAGUAUCAGCUUUAAACCGGUCUGCGACCCCCAUCAGUACAAUUCCACAGCCACCGAUGAUUCUCUCUCGCCCACCAACAUUUCGCAUAUCGUCUUUGGCAUAGCUGGGUCAGCCCAGACGUGGAAUAACCGGAAACACUAUUCGGAGCUCUGGUGGAAACCCACAGUCACACGCGGGUUCGUUUGGCUGGAUGAAGAGCCCGACCCCAAUUCAACUUGGCCCGGUACUUCGCCUCCUUAUCGAAUUUCCUCCGACUGGAAGAAAUUCAAGUUCACGAGCUCGCAGUCAGCAGUCCGAAUCUCCCGGGUGAUUGUUGAUUCAUUCCGGGUAGGGUUACCAAACGCGAGGUGGUUCGUGAUGGGAGAUGACGAUACCGUCUUCUUUACUGAAAACUUGGUCACAGUGUUAGCGAAGUACAAUCACCGGGAGAUGUACUACAUCGGGGGGAACUCGGAGAGCGUGGAGCAGAAUGUUAUGCACGCCUACGAUAUGGCGUUUGGCGGCGGCGGGUUUGCCAUUAGCUACCCGCUUGCGGCGGAGCUGGUGAGAAUAAUGGACGGGUGCCUCAACCGGUAUUUCAACUUCUACGGGUCGGAUCAGCGGGUGUGGGCCUGUGUGGGUGAGGUCGGUAUCACCCUUACAAGAGAACGGGGGUUCCACCAGAUUGAUAUUAGAGAUGAUCCUUUUGGUCUAUUGGCAGCUCAUCCAAUGGCACCACUUGUAUCUCUCCAUCACCUGGAAUAUGUACAGCCAUUGUUUCCUGAUCAGAGCCAGAUAGAGUCUUUAAGAAUGUUAACCACAGCAUACAAGGUUGAUCCGGCCCGAACAAUGCAGCAGUCUUUCUGUUAUUACCAGAGGUAUAAAUGGUCCAUAUCUGUUUCCUGGGCAUAUGCAGUGCAGAUAUACCCCUGGCUGUUGUCUGCCAAGGAUUUGGAAACACCAUUGCAGACAUUCCGAACUUGGCGGAGUUGGAGCAGUGGACCUUUUAUGUUCAAUACCAGGCCUAUGAGUUCUGAACCUUGUGAACGGCCAGUAAUAUUUUAUUUAGACUCAAUUAAAGAGGAUGAAAAGGGAAAGACGGUAACUACUUACAAGAAGUCUCCAAUAAAACAAGAAAAAAAGUGUAAUCAGGCAAACUACGCACGUGCAUUCGCCAUUGAGAAGAUUGUAGUUUCAUCACUGAAAAUGGAUCCUGAGAAGUGGAAAAAGGUACCUCGAAGACAAUGCUGUGAGGCGAGUAAAGGUUUUUGGAGUAACACAAUGACGGUAAAGAUAAGAAACUGUAAGCACCGAGAGACUAUAACUACUUGAGGUUAGUAUCUCAGUGUUCUAGCCUGUGUAUAUUGUAGCUUUAGCCUUUAGGAUGAUACUUUGAGAACAAAUUGAGAAUCAGGUAGUAAUUCUUUUGUCAGUAUAUUUUAGUAAACUGUGAGUUGUGAUUUUAAUAUGUAUCUGCUUGUUAAAAAUUAAAUUAAUUCUCCAAAGUGUAAGGUAGUGUAUAUCUUUUUAA